CUCACUUCUGAGGAAAAACAAAGGGUCUUCAUAGAGGCACGAAAGCAGGUUCCCGGAGAAGAUGGGAGGCCAACCCAGUUGCCCAACGAGAUUGAUGCUGCCUUCCCCCUCACCAGGCCUGACUGGGAUUUUACUACGAUCGCAGUCACCUGGACCGCUCAGUGAACGGACCGCUUGGGUACAAGGAGCCACCGGUGGAAGACAAUAUCGCUGGACCACUGAGAGGAAGGUGCAAUUAGCAACUGGUAAAGUAACUCAUUCCUUCCUACAUGUUCCAGACUGCCCCUAUCCAUUACUGGGGUGAGACUUACUCACCAAACUGAAAGCCCAAAUUCAUUUUGAGGGGGCAGGGGUUCGAGUGUCGGGCCCAAACGGGGACCCCCUCCAGGUCCUGACUUUACAAUUGGAGGACGAAUACUGGCUAUACGAACAGGACCCCAAGGUACAAGGGUCCAGGGACUUGGACAUAUGGCUUACAGAGUACCCACAGGUAUGGGCCGAGACAGGAGGUAUGGGGCUAGCGCUACAGCAGCCCCCGUUGGUUGUAGCCCUGAAGGCCUCAGCCACCCCAAUCUCAGUCAAGCAAUACCCCAUGUCAAAUGAGGCCUACCAGGGGAUAAGACCUCAUAUCAAGAGGCUAUUAGAAGAAGGCAUCCUGACUCCCUGCCGGUCACCUUGGAAAACCCCCCACCUCCCAGUAAAGAAACCAGGGACGAAGGAUUAUCGACCGGUACAGGACCUCAGGGAAGUAAAUAAGAGAGUUGAAGACAUACACCCGACCGUCCCUGAUCCAUAUAAUUUACUAAGCACCCUGCCACCUUCGCACACCUGGUAUAUGGUGCUAGACUUGAAGGAUGCCUUCUUCUGUCUCAGAUUAAGCCCCAAAAGUCAACCCCUUUUUGCCUUCGAAUGGAGAGACCCCGAAUUGGGGAUUUCAGGCCAACUGACGUGGACCCGGCUCCCACAGGGCUAUAAGAAUAGCCCCACCCUAUUUGAUGAGGCCUUGCACCGGGACCUUGCAGACUUCAGAGUUCAACACCCGUCAUUGAUCCUGUUCCAGUACGUGGAUGAUCUUCUGCUGGCAGCCCCCACAGAACAUGACUGCCGACAAGGUACGGGGGCCCUAUUGCAGACCCUGGGACGGCUGGGCUAUCGAGCAUCUGCCAAAAAGGCCCAGAUAUGCCAGACUGAGGUGACUUAUUUGGGAUAUAAGUUAAAAAAGGGACAGCGUUGGCUCACAGUCGCACGCAAAGAGACUGUAUCUCGCAUACCUGCACCCCGAAACCCUCGCCAGUUAAGGGAAUUCCUGGGGACAGCUGGGUUCUGCCACUUAUGGAUACCAGGCUUCGCUGAAAUGGCAGCUCCCCUCUAUCCCCUCACCAAGCAGGGGGUCCCAUUUGAAUGGACAGAUAAACAACAAGGGGCUUUCGAGAACAUCAAACGGGCCCUCCUCUCCUCCCCAGCACUGAGUCUGCCAGACAUCACUAAGCCAUUCGAACUGUUUGUUGAUGAAAAACAAGGAUAUGCCAAGGGGGUUUUGACCCAAAGACUUGGACCAUGGAAACGCCCUGUCACAUAUUUAUCAAAGAAAUUAGACCCAGUGGCCUCAGGCUGGCCCCCUUGCCUACGGAUGGUGGCAGCCAUUGCCGUCCUUAUUAAGGAUGCUGGCAAACUGACUUUGGGACAACCCUUGACCAUUCUGGCACCCCAUGCUGUCGAGGCCUUGAUUAGGCAGCCCCCUGACCGGUGGCUCUCCAACGCCCGCAUGACCCACUACCAAUCCUUGCUGUUGGAUACGGACCAAGUCCAGUUCGGACCUGUAGUCGCCCUUAAUCCGGCGACCUUGCUACCCACACCGGAAGGACCAGACCAGCAUGACUGCCUUCAGAUCCUCGCAGAAAUGCAUGGAACCCGGACGGACUUGACUGAUCAGCCCCUCCCAGAUGCGAACACCUGGUACACCAAUGGGAGCAGUUACCUACUAAAUGGAGAACGCAGGGCGGGAGCCGCAGUUACCACGGAGACCCAGGUAAUCUGGGCCAGUGCCUUACCCAGUGGCACCUUGGCCCAACGAGCUGAACUCAUCGCUCUGACUCAAGCCCUUAGAUUGGCAGAAGGUAAGAAGCUGAAUGUUUAUACUGAUAGUCGGUAUGCUUUCGCCACUGCACACAUACAUGGAGAAAUAUACCAGAGACGAGGGCUCUUAACCUCAGAAGGCAAGGAAAUUAAAAAUAAAGCAGAGAUCCUUGCUCUAUUAGAGGCCUUAUUCCUCCCCAAAAGACUGAGCAUUAUGCAUUGUCCCGGACACCAAAAAGAAGAUCACGCCGAGGCCAGAUGAAAUCGGCGGGUGGAUGAAGUGGCCCGAGAGGCUGCUUUGGGACCACAAAUUCUCCCCCUAGUAUCCGAGCCCGUCCAAUCCACAAUAGACUGGGCCUAUGAUAAAGAGGACAUACACCUACUCCAAAAAUUGGGGGCAGAAUACAACUCAGCGAAUAGACACUGGAUUUAUCGGGGAAAAAUAGCAGUGCCCAUAAAAAUAACCCAUGAACUUAUAGACUACUUACAUAAAUUGACCCAUUUGGGUACAAAGAAAAUGAAAACCCUCCUAGACAGAAUGGAGACUGGACAAUUCCUCCUGAACAGGGAUAGGGCACUCCGACGGACAAUAGACAAUUGCAGGGCCUGUGCCCAAAUUAAUACAGGCCACUAGAAAACCCUCCAAGGGGUGCGUCUCCGAGGACACCGGCCUGGCAUCCACUGGGAAAUAGACUUCACCGAAAUUAAACCUGGUUUGUAUGGGUACAGAUACUUGCUGGUUUUUAUAGACACCUUUUCAGGAUGGGUAGAGGCCUAUCCCACCAAACAUGAAACAGCCAGGAUGGUUGUCAAGAAGUUAUUGGAAGAAAUUUUUCCCCGAUACGGGAUGCCAAAAGUAUUGGGAUCUGAUAAUGGGCCAGCCUUCGUCUCCCAGGUAAGUCAGUUGGUGGCCAAGUUACUGGGGAUUGAUUGGAAAUUACAUUGUGCUUAUAGACCCCAGAGUUCAGGACAGGUAGAGCGUAUGAACAGAACUAUUAAGGAGACUUUGUCUAAAUUAACGCUCUCUACUGGCACAAAGGAUUGGGUGUUGCUCCUACCCCUAGCUCUAUAUCGAGCUAGGAACACUCCUGGGCCACAUGGCCUUACCCCAUUUGAAAUAUUGUAUGGGGCACCGCCUCCAGCCGUACAUUUCUUCGAUACGGACAUUGCAGACUAUGCUAACUCCCCUUCUCUACAAGCCCAUUUACAGGCCCUGCAGCUGGUACAACAAGAGGUCUGGAAACCCCUGGCAGCAGCCUACCAAGACAGCCUCAACCAGCCAGUGGUGCCCCAUCAGUACCAGAUUGGAGACACUGUUUGGGUCCGUAGACAUCAGACCAAGAACCUGGAACCGCGCUGGAAAGGACCGUUCACUGUUCUCCUGACCACCCCAACGGUGAUUAAGGUGGAUGGAAUUGCUGCCUGGAUCCACGCCUCACACGUGAAAGUCACCAGCCCAGAACAACAGACGGCCAGCCAAAAGGAAGGAUGGAAGAUCCAAUGCUCCCAAAACCCCUUAAAGAUAAGACUGGUUCGAAAAUGA